AAUGGCGGGUGAAGUUAUGGCGGAAGGGAUGAAGUUGGAUGUUUUGGAUGUGUGUCCUCUUCUUAUACUUCAAGACAGCAGCAAGAGGUUUUACGACGGCUAUAUUACUGUUUGCAAGAAGAGUUUCCGAAUGUCUAUCGAAAUUCCGGAGAACAGAUCAUUAAGAGACGCUAGGAUAGAGUGUGAAUGGAAAUUAAGACAUUUACUGAGAGGCUAUGAAGGUGUUAUAAAACAGAGGUUAACUCAAAGUUUGGAUCUUCCUUCCUUCUUGAUGGAACUCAAAAGUAUUCUGGAGAAGCUUCUUGGAAGCCAAAAAUUGGACAAAGUUGUUUCACAACCCAACUUCUACACACAUUUAGUGGCAGAGUUAGAGGCUAUAGGAUGGGAGAAGUUGGCCUAUGUGGAUUCAUCUUUUCAAGUGUUAAAACUUGCUUCAAGAGAUAUCAAAGAAAGAGAGCAUGUGAUCACUGUUCGUCUCUCACCUCAGCAUCCACAGGUAGCACCUACUUGUUCUGCAGAAUUACCUGGAAAACCCUUUUCUUUCACAUGGUCUUCUCAGGGUCAACCUCUUCAGCAGCUGUAUCAUCAGUUCCAACAGACUCUCUCUCAAUUUGAGGAUUUCUGGGACAUGCUAGAUGAAAUAGACAGUAACACGUGGGUUCUUGAGCCUGAGCAACCCUCAAGAUCAUGUACAAGCAGAAGAAUCGCUCUUGGUAACAAUGCUUCUGUUCAGAUAGAUCUGAACCCAGUCAAUGCAAGGCUUUUGCCAGAGUGCAGAUUUAUGGGUGCUGACAAUGUGAUUGUUCCUUUACGAGAACAUUUGAGUGCAAACAUCCACACCUGGAAUCCACAGUUAACAGUUUUGACAAAUCUGGAAAAUUUAUUGGGACAGAAAUUUCCCUCACCUUCUACAACAAAGAAAGAGGAUUUCAGCAUGGAGUGUGGAAUUUGCUAUGCCUAUCGCCUUAAUGAUCUGAUACCAGACAAAGCUUGUGAUGAUUCUAGAUGUGGACAACCUUUUCACAGCUUGUGUCUUUAUGAAUGGUUGAGAGCCCUGCCUUCAAGCAGACAGAGUUUUAACAUGGUGUUUGGGGAGUGUCCUUAUUGCAGCAAACCAAUUACUGUCAAGAUGGUGUCAGGGAAAUAAUUUUUCCUGCUGGCUUCAGGAAUGGAUGAGUACACCUUGAAAAUUUUGGAGAAAUCUUGUAGAAUGCCAUAUUAUGAUGUGUAUUGAUACCAGUAAGUUGUAUUGCAUGGCCACAAAAUCUCUCUUAUCAAGAUAAGGCAUCAACAUCAUUAGUGUGGUUGGUUGACACAAGACGGCUCCUCACGAUGAAAAAUUGCAGGAACAAGAGGAAAAAUUAAAUACCAAGAGGAAGACUCAUAAUUUAUUUUCCAUCAUUUACAUACCUUCAUAAGUCUCCCAAAAUGAAAAAUGCUUUAAAAAAUAUCUUUGUUCAUACUUAAAUUUAAGAUUUUCAAUAAAUAUUUUAAAUUAGUUCAGAAUCUAAUAAUCUGUUACAAGUUUUCAGAUAGUAAUCAGUUCAUAAUGAAAGUUUUAAUAGCAAAAAUAAUAUUGCCUAUUUAAAUUUUUAGAAAAUAGACUGGAUGAGAUUUGAUGAUUAAAUGAUAUUUUCCUAUU